CUGAAUAAAGGGGAGGAAAGGAUGUGUACGACUCCGUCAGCCGCCGUCCUGCAGUCUAAGCCGUGUGCUUGACUGUAAAGAUGAGGAUUUCUCUCAGCAGAACUUUUUGUUUUAGCUUUCAGAAUGGACUUUUUCUUUUUUCCUGAAAGAACUCCGUCAUACAGUUCAGUAGCAUUACGUUAAAUACUUUAGUUCUAAUGAUGAAAAGGCGGAAAGGGGGAUGACGUGUUUCGGAGGGGGUGUUUCGGUGGUGUGAGGAUUGCGGGCUGUGGUUGGGUAUGUCAGUGCCACGUGUCUGCGCUUGCACCUCUCUUCUCCACACAGAGGAUGUCGGAUUGAGACCCUAGUGCGCCUAGUCAAAGUAGGUCAUCACGUUACACUAGGAGGAUCACAUCUUGAGAGGGAAUGUUGAGCAACCUGCUCUAAGACAACACCAGCUGAUUUGGCAAAUAAAUCUGUGAAGGACUUCAUUUUUUUUCUUUUCCGGAGCCUGAAUGAGCAUGCUGCAUUCCCUCUGUUCCAUCAUUUGGUUGAACCGCGGGUUCAAGUUGAGAAAAGUGGCCUGCUCGGCCAACACCGGUCAGGUCUAAGCCGUUGCUACCACGCAUGCCCAUUUAUGAGCUCCGUUCAGAAGUGCCUAGAUUUUAACCAAACGUCCCACGGUACGACACCAUUCGCACCCUUGCAAAGUUUCAUCCUCAAUCCGAUGCUCUUCUGCCUGGGGUGAUUGUCAGUUCAUACUCUGAAAAUGGCUGCCGAUGGCUUCCAGUACAGAUCUCUGUACUCCUACUCUAGCGACUGGGAGGAUGACAUUGACCUUGAGCCUGGUGAUGUCCUGACGGUCGACAAAGUGUCUCUGCUGUCACUGGGCAUCAAAGAGGGUGAGGAGGAGCACCCGGAAUGCAUUGGCUGGAUCUUGGGCUUUAACGAGCGAACCAAACAGAGGGGAGACUUUCCAGGGACGUACGUGCAGUAUGUGGGACCUGUGAAAAUGUCAGUGCCGUCUUGCCAGCCUCGUUCUCAGAGACCGCUUCCUGCUGUUCCCAGACCGGAGCCAACAGCCUCCUCGCAGGUUGCUGCAGUCCUGGACUUGACCAAACAGUUCACACAGGCGGAAACUGCUCCUCCUAAUCUUAUUAAGCUGGGCGAAGCAAUUGAGCGGACAGGUCUGGACUCUAGGGCACUAUACAGGACAUCCACUGCUUCAGCUUCUGACAGACAGAGCCUUGCUGAGCUGCAGGAGUUGGAUGUGGGACAGUGGGACAUUCAUGCCCUCUCGGAGGCAGUCAUUCGAUACCUGCAGGAACUUCCUGCCCCCAUCAUCCCUCCCUCUGUUUAUACAGACCUUCAGGCAGCAGUGCAGCUAGAAUCGGACGUCCCGUCCGUGAGGAGACGAGAGCAGCUGCUGCAGGUGCUGGAGAAGCCUGAAGUUCCACUGCAGAACCUCCUGACGCUGCAUUAUUUGCUCAGACAUCUGGAGAAGGUCUGCCAGCGUGGCGAGCAGAAUGGCCUCGACAUUCAUACCCUCUGCCAAAUCUUUGGCCCUCUGUUGAUCAGGGGCCCUGUGAGCGGGUCAGAAGAAGAUGAGGGGUUUCCUGCGGUUGCAGUUGAGAGACUUCUUUUGGAGAGAAUUUGGGAACAAGAGCCGACUCCUCCCGCUCUCCCUCCUAAACCGCCCAAAGCCAAAGCCAUGGCCUCAUCUGUGACCAAUGGAAACAGCAGCUUACUGAGUGAAGCUGAAUGGUACUGGGGGGACAUUUCAAGAGAGGAGGUGAAUGAGAAGAUGAGAGACACUCCUGAUGGUACGUUCCUGUUGCGGGAUGCAUCAAGCAAAGUGCAGGGAGAGUAUACCUUGACCCUCAGGAAAGGAGGCAAUAACAAACUGAUCAAGGUUUUUCACCGUGGGGGGAAGUAUGGCUUCUCGGAGCCUCUCACUUUUCUCUCUGUGGUGGAACUCAUCAACCACUACCGGCAUGAGUCACUGGCCCAGUACAACGCCAAGCUGGACACUCGCCUGCUCGUACCCGUGUCUAAAUAUCAGCAGGAUCAGGUGGUGAAAGAAGACAGCAUCGAGGCGGUAGGAGAGCAGCUGAAGGUUUAUCACGAGCAGUAUCAGGAGAAGAGUCGUGAAUAUGAUGUACUGUAUGAAGAAUACACACGCACAUCACAGGAGCUCCAGAUGAAACGAACAGCCAUAGAGGCCUUUAACGAGACCAUCAAGAUCUUUGAGGAGCAAUGCGAGACCCAGGAGCGCUUCAGCAGAGAAAGCAUUGAGAAGUUUCGCAGAGAAGGCAACGACAAGGAGAUUGAGAGAAUUCAGAGCAAUUCUGAGAAGCUGAAAUCCAGAGUGGCAGAGAUUCAUGACAGCAAGAGGAAGCUGGAGCUGGAAUUGAAGGAACAAGCUACAGACAAUCGAGAGAUAGACAAGAGGAUGAACAGCUUGAAACCAGACCUCAUACAGUUGAGGAAGCUACGGGACCAAUACCUUGUAUGGCUGACUCAGAAAGGCACCAAACAAAGGAAGAUCAACGACUGGCUGGGUAUAAAGAAUGAAUCAGAGGACUUCUAUUCUCUGUUGGAUGAUGAUGAUGAUGAUCAAGCACAUCACACCGAGUGCACCUGGUACGUUGGGGACAUCAAGCGCACACAGGCGGAGGAUCUCCUGAGAGGCAAACGAGACGGCACCUUCCUCAUCAGAGAGAGCCAGACCCAGAAGGGCUCCUUCGCCUGCUCUGUAGUUGUGGAUGGAGAGAUCAAACAUUGUGUGGUUUACAAGACGGCCACUGGUUUUGGAUUUGCUGAGCCCUACAACCUUUAUGGUUCCUUGAAAGACUUGGUCCUGCACUACAAACACACCUCUCUGGUCCAGCACAACGACUCACUGAAUGUAACCCUGGCCUACCCGGUCCUCGCACAGCAGCCUAGAUGAGCACCACCACAUGAGACGACCCAGGACACACAUAUAAAGCAUGAUUAAACGCAUUAUACGGAGCAAACUAUACUAACAGCGAACUUUUGUUUAUCGUAGAGAACAGAUAAGCACAGUAUAUUAUCGUAAGUAAACGUACGGCUUUUUUCGUAAGCCCAUAGCGUUCCGUAUCAAUCAUAGUCAGCUGCAGUAAUUACAGUGAGAUCACAGCUACUCUGUAUUUGUUGUCCCAACACAAGAGAGGAACUUAAAGAGAGGAAAGUGUCAUGUGA